AUGCCUUUGGAUCAGAUUGACUCUUGCGCUGUUACGGCCGCUUCAGAGCUCCAGGAAGUCAUCGGUUCGUUCCCCCACGCACAGGACCAAAAUCUUGACUAUUUCGACAUUGUACUCGGAAAAGACAUUGUGGGCAUCAAUAGAUUCGACUUUCUGGACUUCAAUGCUGUCAAAUCAAUACUGGAUCUACAUACUCGGGUCCCUUGCGACGCUUUUAAGCCUUACUGCCUUGCGAUCCUCAAAGUCGGCCCUGAUAUCAAGAGACCAGAGUACGAUUCUCUGGAGCGGGCUGAGUCUCGGAGAAGACUGCUGGAGAGGAUGGCUGAAUAUGCUUUCAAAAAGGUGCUCAAAAAGGAGGAGGUGACAGCGUUGAGCAAGAAAUGCGAGGUUGCGGAGCAGCUUGAGCCGCCUCCGAAGGCGAAGAUCGUAUUGCGGGACGGCAAGUUUGUGAAGAUGUUUGAACAAGCAGAGGAGGCUUAG